GUCACAUGUUGUCAUGUAAUAAAAAUAAUCUUUAAAUCGUUUAAAAAAUAUGACCAAUAACUUAGUAAAACCAGUAAGCUACCUAGUAGUAGAUACUACAGCGUUUAUACAGAAUGCACCAUUGCAGGAUGUUGGAGAAAAAAUGGUAACAUGUCCAGAAGUAGUAGAUGAAAUCAAGAACAAGCGACAGCUUAGACGUUUAGUGGUGCUGCCAUACGAUUUAAUCGUGCAAGAUGUCUUCCCUGAAAAUGUAUCAUUAAUAACAGAAUUCUCCAAAAAAACUGGAGACUAUCCCAGUUUAUCAGCAACAGAUAUAAAAGUAAUGGCCCUUACCUAUCAACUUCAUAAAGAAAAGAGUGGCACUGAAGGUCUAAGAAUUGAACCUGUUAUGCAAAAAGCUGAAGUUACUACUGAGAAUAAAGCUCUUGAAAUGAAUCCAGAUGUUACUGGAUUCUAUUUACCUGGAAAAACACAAAAAUCGGAAGAUAAUGAAGCAGGGGAUGAUCAAGAAGAUGAUACAGAAGAAAUUGAUCAAAAUAUUGAAGGAUUAGAUAAGUUAGAUACUAAUGAUGUUGAUAGUAUUUUGACACCAGUUAAAGAUGUAGAAAAAUCUGAGAGUGGAGAUUCAGAAAACAGCAUAGAAUUUGAAGAUAACAGUGAUGAUGAUAGUGGCUGGAUAACCCCAUCAAAUCUAAAAUCUGCUAAACAACAAUUAAAUUCAGAAAUAAUGGAAGAAAACCAUGUAGAAGUAUCAUGCAUGACUACAGAUUUUGCCAUGCAGAAUGUCCUCAGACAAAUGAAUUUGAAUGUAUCAGCUUUAGAUGGAAGACUUAUAAAACAGCUUAGAACUUACAUUUUACGUUGCUAUGCUUGUUUUAAGACAACUAGUGUCAUGACUAAUAAAUUCUGUCCAAAAUGUGGGAAUAACACAUUGAAGAAGGUAGCUGUAUCUCUAGAUGCACAAGGGAAAAUGCAAAUUCACAUUAAUUCCAAAAGGCCUCUUACAGGCAAAGGAAAGAAGUUUAGUUUGCCAAGGAUAAAAGGGGGUAAACAUCCAAAUAAUCCUAUAUUGGUAGCAGAUCAGCCUAUGCCAGAUAAUAGGCCCACCCGGUUGGCUAGAACUAAGACUAAUCCUCUUGAUGACGAUUACACAGCAGGUUUUUCUCCAUUUGUGAUGAGAGAUGUCAAUUCAAAAUCGGCACAGCUGUGUAUAAGACCAGGACAAGAAUUUAAAUAUUGGAUGAAGAAAAAUCCAAAUGAAGCAAGAAGAAGAAAAAAGUGAUAUAUUUAAAUUAAUAAAACAUAUUAAAGUUAUU